AUGGUUUUUUUGAAGAUAUUGCAAACAUAUACUCAAAAUGUACUUUCCACCGGAGAUCAAGAUGAUGACGCGCUCGAGGAUCCCGCCAGAUUGCCGUACUUCCCAGCGUGCUCGUUCGCCACGAUACUAGAAGACAUUGUGACGCAGCUCCACAUUCUUGACGAGUGUAACUCGGAGACUCGCAUUAGUAAGGUAAAGUCCGACAUGACUGCGUUACUUACGCGCAAGUACGGAGUAGCAGAGAAAGCAGUAAAAGACGAACUAGAUGACAUAAAUCUUAAUAACUUGCAUUGUGUGGAAUACAAACUUGACAAACUACAGUGGGACAGAAAGUUGGUGCACCAAGUCCUAACAGAAACGUACUUAAAUCUAUCAAAAGAACGCAAGUUUCAGACUCUGGUAGAAUACGUCGAUAACAUCGAGACUAAACUUCGUCGCGAGCUGAAUCGCCAACUCCGGCAACAGCGCAUCCACGUCAAGUCCGUCACCUACGACACCAACACCGAGAUUGAACGCCUAAAAUCUAACUUAGAAGACUCCGAAUUAAACUCGCAAACCCGCGGCCGCUACGUGGGCGGCUGGCAGCGCGCGCGCACGGAGCAGCAUUUACAAACAAUAUACGAUAAAGAAAUAGUUCCAAUACACAACAUUGAACAUUUAAAAACUAAAAUCGACCAAGAGCAGCGCGUGCACACGGAGAUUGAAGUUUUAAUUAAUAUUAAAAUUAAUGAAGUACUUGAAAAAGUAGAAGAAUGGAUGAGUAAGUAUGAUAAAGAUAUGGAGAACAUGGACCUGAAAAUACAACUGAAAAGGAACGAGUAUGAGCACACGUACGACAGACGCCUGGAGCUGGAGCAAACGCUCGAAAAGCACGCAGAGUUGAUUAAAAACUGGGUGGCAUUCAAAGAAGAGCGUGAAGCAAUUCGACAGUAUCGGGAGAAAAUGACGACAGCGGCCGUGGCAGUGCAGGCGUGGUGGCGCGGCCUGCUAGUGCGCCUGCAGCUCGGCCCCUACAAGGUGGUCAAGCGGAAAGGAGCCGCAAACAAGGCGGACGAAAAGGCUGGAAAGAAGAAGAAA